GAUAGCGAUUACCGGAGCGCCCUGCGCGCCUGCUCGCCGGGAACCGAGCGCACGCUACUGGCACUCGGUGAAAGAGAUUUCCUCCCACGAGACAUCUCAGCUCUCCGGGCCAAGUUAGGGGUUUGGGAAGGGAGGGUCUGGCAGCUCCGGCCUGGCGCCCAGCAGCUGCGGGCUUUGCGCGCUCACCACGGACAGCCGGGCGGCUCCCACGCCUCCACCUGUAAUGCAGGAGGGAGCAUUGGCCAGUCCUCCUGUGAGCCCCGUGGCAGCCCCGCCACCUCCAGGCACCCAGGCCCAAGCCAGGUGCGAAGCUCGAGGGGACCUGCUGGACGAGGAGGGGAUCUGCAGGCUGCCAGGAAGGCUCCGGAUCCAGCCUGCGCUCUGGAGCCGCGAGGACGUGCUGCACUGGCUGCGCUGGGCCGAGCGCGAGUACUCCCUGCAGCGCACCCGCGAGCACGGCUUCGAGAUGAACGGCCGCGCGCUCUGCAUCCUCACCAAGGACGACUUCCGGCUGCGCGCCCCGGGCUCAGGUGACGUCCUCUAUGAGCUGCUCCAGUACAUCAAGACCCAGCGGCAAGCCCUGGUACGUGGUCCUUUUUUCGGGAGGGCCUUCAGGCCGAAGAUGUCCAGUCAGUACUGCCCCUGCCCCCUGGAAGAUGGGACCAGGCUGUCUCCAGUGGCUCCCCAGCGAGGCCUCCUGCAGCAGCCACCAGAUCUGGAGCUUACCAACUCCUUGAGCCAUCUGGAUGGCCCUGGCCUGGCCAGGUGUACCCUCAGCAGGGAGGAGUCCCGCGACUUAUCUCACUGUGCGGAGCUGGGCUGUAGGACUGAGGGAGUCUGCUCUUUCCCCAUGAUGCCGCAGGCCCCCAUCGACGGCAGGAUUGCAGACUGCCGGCUGCUGUGGGAUUACGUGUACCAGCUGCUCUCCGACACCAGGUACGAGUCCUACAUCAGGUGGGAAGACAAGAAUGCCAAGAUCUUCCGAGUCGUGGAUCCUAAUGGUCUCGCCAGACUCUGGGGAAACCACAAGAACCGGGAGAACAUGACCUACGAGAAGAUGUCACGGGCCCUGCGUCACUACUAUAAGCUGAACAUCAUUAAGAAGGAGCCGGGGCAGAAGCUGCUGUUCAGAUUUCUGAAGAUCCCCGGGAAGAUCACCCAGGACAAGGGCAGCCGCCCGGAGCAGCUGCAGGGCGAGGAGCAGGGCAAGAUGGGCUUCAAGGCAGAGACACUGGAAGUCUCUCCAUGAGGGGCACGUGGACUCUAGGCGCUGGGCACUGAUGGGAUGGAGACCGGGUCUCUCGUGACGUAGCUAGCUGCAGGGUGUCCUCCCUCUCCCAGGGCAGCAGGGACGGCCAGGCGGGCUCUGCUCGUUCAGGAUCUGUUGUCUGGGACCUUAAAGCUGCCCGAGGGCCUGGGCUGGCUGAGAACUGGGAGGCUCACAGCCAGGACAUUGUGGGGGCAUCAGUCUUUGGGUAGGGCAGCCCUGGGCCUACGCGGGGCACAGGGCGUGGACUCGCUCUCUGCCUUACCCCUGGCUACCUGCCCAGCUAGGGAGAGGCAGCUGGGUGCUGAGAGCAUCCAGCCCAUCUCCUUCAGUUGGCAGAGGGAGGGAGCAGAGGUCCCUCACUGAGGCGCAGCUGGCCUCAUCUGUCAAAGGGGCUUGCUCAUGAAAUCACGCCCUCGGGGCUGAUGUAUGAACAGGACUAAAGGAUCAUUGCUUUGUCAGCCUUAGUGAUAAUAAUACCUGACAUCCAAGGGCUUACUGUCUGCAGGCCUUGUGCUAAGGGUUCUUCCUAUUUUUUAUCUCAUUCAAUUCACACAUCAGCCCCGUGAGGUUUAACGGCUUGGAAACAGAGGCAGAGACUCCCAGAACAGGGGUGUCUCUCCAGAACCCAGCGCUGUUGCCUGUUUCCUGUGACUCUGAGUGUCUUGGGCGCUUCUCAAGCAGAGACCGGGGCCCUACCUCUCUGCCUCGGCUCUUGGCGGAACAAUCCCCUCGUCCACGGUUUUUCUUUUGGUGACUCUGUGACUAUGGCCCAAUGAAGACUGCCACCCCCUCCACCUGUGGCUCCCUCUGCUCCUGCACCCGUCUCUGCCAUGUGACUUUGGGCAAGUUGUCCCACCUCUCGGGAGCCUCAGUUUUCUCAUCUGUAAAGGGGGGAUGCUGCCCUGCCGGACCUCUCAGGAGAGCCGGAAAGCUCAGUAAGAGUGUCCCUGCGUGCUCAGGGCGUACCCGCUCUGUGGGGCGCUCACUCCGCGUGAGCUAAGAGAACGGCGAACUGAGAGCUGCUCCGAAGCCUGAGAAGGCCUGUGCCGUGGUUUCAGCUUCUCUCCGCUCCCCAGCUUCCCAGCUCCCCGCCCUGGCUGGGGCCUCCUGGGCCGGUCGGAGCCUCCGCCCUGCACCACGGAGGAGCUUGGGGAGAACUCGCAGGGGGUGCUUCACUUAUCAAAAGCAGAACUUCUUGGGUCUUUGUCUUCCUUGGAAGGAGAAACCACCUGUGCCUUCAGCAAACCCUGUCUGGCUUAGCCUGAGUUGGCCUGAGUCACUGUACAGGGAAACUGACGGUUUUUGGAUCUGGGGACUCAAAGCUCUGACCACUUGCAAGCAGGGAAACUCCUGGCUGAGUCCUGUCUGGGGCUCUGACAGUUGCACACCCAGACGGGCCAGGCAGGGAUCUUACCCUUCCAUCUCUCCUGAGACUGUUCUGUCUCCUUGACUUCAGUCCAGGACGAACCCACACCCCAUAACCUUUCUCGUGAUCCUCAAACUAUGUAACUGGAGUGAGAGGGACCGUUGAAAGCAACGUGUCCAACCUCUCCCUUUGUAGAAAACACAACUGAGGCCAGAGACAGGGGUGACUUGCCCAAGAUCACAGAGCCCAGCUCAGCCUGCUGGCCCCUAAUGUUGCCUCAUUUCUUCUUGUCUCACAUCUUUUUCAUGGGUCCAAGAUGUAGAGGUUGAGACGAGAAUGGAGUCAUGGGUCACUUCUGCCGGUUGCAAUGCUGACAUUUGCCUGCUGGUGCAUUAAUGGUUGAACACACCUGUGUGUCCUAGGGACUGUCUUCACCCAGAGCAAUGAAUCUCACCCCCCGCUGGGACUCUUGGGGCCAGGAGUGGGCUGGGGGCUUGGGCAGAGCUUACCACCCCCGAUCCCAGAUCCUUGGACGCUCCGCUCGGCCCUGGGCUCAGCUCCACCCUCUCCCCAUCUCCUCGGGCACAUUGGCUGUGCCCAGGGACGGACACCUGGGUGCCAGGAAUAAAGGGAUUCUUCAGCCCUUCCUCCCAUGAGCAUUAAUUGAGCACCUGCUAUGUACCAGCGGAGGCUCUGGGUUUACCUCCACUUUUUACGAACUGGAUUCCUGAAAAGCCAGGGGUCGCUGACGACAACAUAUGUCAAAACGGACUUCCUCACAAAUAAUUUUAACAAGCAGAAAAUACAUUUCAUGGUUUGAAAA